CCAUGGCCGUGUGGUUUUGGUCAAAGAUUACACUUACAGACUUAUUAUACUCUUUGCUUACAGUCAUAGUGUAUUGUAUUAUUUUGGUUUUUACUCUAUGUUCUAACCUAAACAUAAAUAAAUAUUUAUUUUAUAAGUAUAGAAUUUGAAUUCUUAAAUUCCUAGCUAAAUUACAAUAUUGUUAAUAUUACUUGCGUUACCAUAUAACAUAGCUAAUUAGUUAGUAAAAAUUCAACUGGCAUUUAUAACUUCACCUACAUAAGUAAUAACCUUAAAUUUAGUAAUACAACUUUUACGAGAAAGAAGGAUGUCUUCGCCUGUGAUUAAAUACGUUGGAAGAACUACGAAUUUCAAGGGUAAAACACUAUGGGAAAUAGUUGGAAGUCUCAAGAACUACGGAGUUGGAAGGUUGAUCGUUCGAUCCGUUUUCGAACGGUAUCCUGAACCAAGUUACAUGAAAAUCGUGAAAGUAGAAACAUGUCCUGAUGAAGAAAGACGUAGAGUGCGUGUAUGGGUUGAAAAGACCUUCAGAGGCAGAACCCUGCCAAAACUAACAGAAAUCUACCGAACAUCAUACAAGCCUGACUAUAAGCUUAUACCCAAAGAUGAGGAGUCAAAGUUGUUACAUGUUGACCAUAAAAAGACAGAGGUCAUUCUACCAAACUGUAUUGAGAUGCCACCCUUAAUGAAGAGGUUUAUUGUUAAGGAUCAUGAAAAAAGAGGAUUGGAGGUUGUAAAAGACUUUGUGCUGCCAUUAUCAUACAAACAUAGCCCAAACAGGGUUCAAAGGGUUGCAAUAGGUGACGAGAAGCCUACUAUACAAUUUACUAUGGGACUUGGAAAACCAGCUAGUCCUUCUCUAUAUGAGGGAAUUCCCUUGGAAAAAUCUGUUUGAAGUGGUGUACCUACAUGUUUAGUUUAGAUAUUUUUAGUCUAUGUUACAUUGAUAUAAAUGCUUAGUUUUAAAAA